AGAUUGAGCACUUAUAAGCUGCUUCGGAAAGAAGGGGGACCUAGAGAGAGAGAGGGAGGAGAGCAGAGAAGAGAAAGAAAGUGACAGGAAGCCACCUCAAUAAACACUGACAGCGGGUCAAAGACAGAGAAGAGAAGAAAGAGUGUGUCCAGAACACACCAUAACCAUAUGGUGGGCUUACAAGUGGAAAAGCCAGCAGAAAAGAGCUGAUCUGUUGCGUCUGAAAAAGGAAAGUGUGAACUAAAAGGAAACUUUCCUGAAAAAGUUAGAGACUCCAUCAUGUCAACGCUUUCGGCAGAGACAGGCCCUGAGGAUGCCAACAAUCAGAGCUUCUGGAUGCCAGGGAAUUACCACCGGACUGUGAAGAGGACCGAAGAUGCCUUCCAGGCGUGUAAUGAUAUAGUGGCAUGUUUCCAAGAGAGGGCCAGGGUCGAGAGACAGUACGCGCAGCAACUUAGUGAAUGGAGUACCAAGUGGAAACCCCUAGUGGAUGCCAGUCCUCUCUACGGCUCGCUAUUACAAGCUUGGAGGUGCUUCCUCUCUUCUGCUGACCGCUUCUCCUCCCUUCACUCCUCCAUCUGCCGUGCUUUGGUGUCAGAGGACGGAGAUCGCAUCCGGACGUGGCAGAAGGACACUUUCCAUAAGAAGAUAUUUGGAGGUUUCAAAGAGUCCCAGGACUUUGAAACUGGUUUCUCACGUGCUCAGAAGCCCUGGGCCAAGAGACUGAAGAAGCUAGAGAAGGCCAAGUCUGCAUUUCACAAAGCUUGCCGUAAGGAACACAUGGCUCGUGAGCGGGAGACCCAUGCCCAAGGCAACCCUGACAUUGCCAUUGAAAAACAGAGGAAGAUCCAGGAAGAGACCGAACUGGCUCACCAGGAGACAGAGAAGGUGCGAGCCCGCUAUGAGAAGGUUCUUGAGGAAGUGACACGUUAUGCUCCACGCUACAUGGAGGAAAUGGAGUCUAUCUUUGACCAGUCACAAGAGGAGGAGAGGAAGAGGAUAAGCUUCCUCAAACAGGCUUUCCUGUCCAUCCACAGACACUUGGAUGUCACCAACAACGAGAGUGUAAAAGCUGUGUACAAUGAGCUCCAUAAUACUCUGAUGUCCAUCAGUGAGCAGGAAGAUUUGCGCUGGUGGAAGAAUACACACGGGCCAGGAAUGCCCACUGACUGGCCUCAGUUUCAGGAGUGGACUCCAGACAAGAAGCAUAAAAAGGGAAGGAAGGAGGUGGAGCAGAAAGCAGUAGUGAUGGAGAGAAGUGUAAUGAUUGGAGGAGUGAGAGUCCGAGCUCUCUAUGACUAUGCUGGACAGGAGACAGAUGAACUGUCCUUCAAAGCAGGUGAGGAGUUUCUGAAGAUCGAGGAUGAGGAUGAUCAGGGUUGGUGCAGAGGUAUGAUGGACGGAGGGAAAGAGGGCCUUUACCCUGCUAACUACGUGGAGGUGGUGUAAAACCUCAGGACAGCAUCAAGCUCCAGCUCGGGGAUACAGAAAUGCCUACAGGCGCCCAGGUUUAAGCCUGCUUCACAGCCAUUUUUAUUGAUGAUUGCUUUGUUUUCUCUGAACAGAUGACAGAUGGUACACAGGUACGGCUUUAGAGUUGAAUUAAGUUUGGAUCAGGACAAAAUGCUUCUUUCACUACGAUCUUACUUGAGAACAUUGUAAUAUUCUGUUUUAUUGCGUGUCACAUUGUAGCUUUAAGUCAAAAUAUACAGAGAAUUGCAUACGUUAUAAUAUGAUAAGGUAUCAAGAUCCUCUAAUAUAUAGAGAGAAAAUGAACUGCAUUGUCUUGAUGCUUGCAUGAACCUACAAAGUAAAGACAAAAUAUACAGAGAAUUGCAUACGUUAUAAUAUGAUAAGGUAUCAAGAUCCUCUAAUAUAUAGAGAGAAAAUGAACUGCAUUGUCUUGAUGCUUGCAUGAACCUACAAAGUAUUUUAAUGACAGUGUCUCACACCAAAGAUUAUUUCCAUUUUAUCAAUGACAUAUUUCUUCUGACAAGAAUUACGUAAUAUCUGAUGGCUGUGUAAAAGGAGCCAGAUGGUUAUGAUGUUCAUCUACAGCUGAAAAGUGUCAGUAGAUACUGUAUGAUGAUAUGCUAUAUUUCAACCGUUUUGGUCUUCUUGUUAGAUGUCACCUGUGUCACGUUAGGUAAUUUUAGAUUCACAGAGGCAGUACUAAUCAACACCACUUUAAAGUGAUAGCCAUGGGACCCAUUCGGUCUCUUCUUUUGUAUUUCUGUUGUGUUUUAAGAUGUCAGUCUAACCAAAGAAAAUGUAUGCAAAUAAGCACAAUGUUUGUGUGAGUAAAUUACAUUGGAUCAGGGCACUAUUUUAUGCACCAUCACUAAUCUAAUGCGAACGCUAGCAGUAUUAAAAGGAAAACUUAUUACUGUGA